UUUAGGGCUUCGCGCUGUAGUUUGAGCGGGAUGGAGUGAACGCAUUACCGUAGCACGAUUGUAGUUAUAGUUUUUUUUUUUUUAAAAUGUUUUAUCGUUUAUUCGAUGUUUUGCAAGGAACUUUGAGUUUAGUGCAGGUGGGUUUUGCAAAUUUCUCUAAGCUAGCUGCGGUGUACAAUGCGGAAUGUGAAGAAGGCCAAGCAUGGGCCUACUGGUCCUCUGUCUGCAGAAACUCCACCAAACGAUGUGGAGUCCGAGGGAGAGAGUGAAGAGGAGGAGGAGGAGGUAGAGGAGGGCAUGGAGGGGGAAAUGGAAGGGGACAACGAAGAGGACGAUGGAUCGAUGAGCAUAGAAGAAGAGUGUGAUCCGGAGGCUUUGAAGUACAUCAAGCUGUUUAAGAUGGAAGUUGUCGAAGAUCCGAGAGAAGCUUGUGAAGCCAAGGGACUGGAUAUGGCGAAGGAUUUAAGUGCGGGAGCACCGCAAAGGUUCUUAGAAUGGGCCAUCAGUCCCAUAAAACUGGACAGGUUCCAGGGUGAGUUUUGGGAGAAGAAGCCGUUUCUCGUUCGACGGCCGAAAAAUAGGAAUUAUUAUGCGGGGAUUUUCGACAAAGCCACAAUUGAGAAGCUUCUGGAAGAACACGAAUUGAAAUAUGGUCUCAAUAUAGACGUGACAAAGUAUGAUAUAGACGGUGGCCGAUCGACUUUCUCCUCUGAAGGAAGUGCCACGCCAUCCAAAGUAUGGUCCAAAUAUGCUGAUGGAUGGUCAGUACGAAUCCUCCAUCCACAGAGAUGGUGUGACCCUGUCUUCUUGAUCCUUUCUGCAUUUGAGAGGUUCUGGGGUUCCGUGGCUGGCUGCAAUGCAUACCUGACUCCUGCUGGGUCGCAAGGAUUUAGUCCACACUACGAUGAUAUUGAGGCUUUUGUGAUACAGACCGAAGGUAGGAAACGGUGGAAAGUGUACAAGCCCCGAACACCGGGUGAAGCACUUCCCAGAUUCUCUAGCCCUAAUUUUGAACAGGGUGAAAUCGGGGAGCCUAUCCUGGACGUGGACCUGGAACCUGGAGAUAUCUUGUACAUGCCCAGGGGCACUAUUCAUCAAGCUAAGGCUUCAGAAGAUGCACACUCCCUCCACAUCACUGUCUCAGUGGGGCAGCGCAACUGCUGGGGGGAUUUUCUAGAGUUCGCCAUGCCUAGAGCUCUGGAGCUUGCAAGCGAGGACCACAUUCUACUUCGAGAAAGUCUCCCUCGCGGGUACGCUGAUUACAUGGGCGUUGCACAUUCCGAUGAUCACGAUAAUCCUCAAAGAGCAGCAUUUAUAGAUAAGAUUAUGGAGUGCAUGGCAAUUGUGUCGCAAAGCAUACCAUGGGACUCUGCAGCAGACCAACUUGCGGUCAAAUUCCUGCAGUCCAGGCUACCGUUGCCUGCACCGGCAAACGCAGUCCACGGGAAAGGCCAGAAGAUCACCGGAAAGUCAAGGGUGAGGCUCGUGGCUCCUGACGUUGCAAGGUUGGUGUUAGAAGGUGACUCGGUUGUUGUGUACCACAUGUUGAAGAAUUCCAGAGAUUUGCACAACGAGGGUGACACUGAAGAAAAUGAGGACUCUGAUGCUGAUAAGAGGUUGGUGUUCACCUGGGAGGUGGCUCCUGUUCUUGAAGAACUUCUGUCGGCAUUCCCAGACCCUGUUGAUGUGUCCUCUCUCUCGGUUCCGGAGGAUGAGAGUAUCCCUCUUAUCUCAGAGUUGUGUGACAUUGGUAUCCUCUUAAGAGUUUGACAAUCUGGCAAUUGAAGGAAACACUGAUAUGAAGUUAAUCAAAGCUUAGUCUAAGGGCAUCGUUGAUCGAUUGUUAGUGGCAUCAACCACGUUCCUUUCCCUGAGUAGCAGUGUAGAGAUUGUACUCGUAUUGUAUUUAUUUGCUUGGAGUAGUUUCAAAAGGUUACUGGGUAGCUGAAAGUGAGAGCUGGUUUACAGUUGAGUUGUCAUGUGAAUUUUAUUACAGAAUUAAAUGAAAUCUCCUCGGAUUCUGGUCAAUGUACUUA